CAGAGUCAUACCUUCGAUUUCCCGAGAUUUGCGUAAUGUUGUAGAAUUUUCUCGUUGUGAACAGGACAUCCGCAAUGCUUCUACGGCUAUGUAUGAUGGUAUAAUGUAUGAAGACAAACUUUGUAGCCAUAAUAUCGCAAAAUGUACUUGGCCAGCCUGAUCAUCUGGGUAUUAAACUUCGUUCCAGGUAUCCUUCCUCAAUCUAGAAUUCUGAGAGUAAAUCCUGCUACAGCGAAAUUGGGUGAAGAUGCAUUGAUAACGUACACAUUCACACCUGAACCAGGGGAUGAUUUUGAUUACUUGGUUUGGUUUGAAAGUGAUGCAGAUGGUGUUAUACAAGGGGUUGCCGGUAAUAUUAUAAACAAUAUCCCCGGAAACCCACCACCCAAUCCUAGAUACAACUUAAGUGAUAAUGGAAGCCUUAUUAUAUAUAAUGUUGAAGUAGAGGAUACAGGUUACUAUCUGCUUAGAGUAAUUUUAGCUAUCAGUGACCAGGAACCCUGGGUAGACGUGUUCUCAACAUUAACAGUCUUCUAUAUUGAAACACCACUGUUGGAACCACAAGAAAAAACUGUCAAUGAAAAUGAAUCUGCAAUAUUCUUAUGCCCUUUGCCCGAUGGUGUUCCAACGCCUAUCACAAUCACGUGGAUUAAAGAUGGCGGCGCACUUAAUGUAUCUGAUACUGAGAAGUAUCCACAGUUAGAUACAACAUUAGAGAUCAUCAGAGUCAAUGAAAUGGAUGAAGGGGACUACCAAUGUCGAGCAGAGAAUGAAGCUUACAGUGGUGAUGAAGGAAAGUUGAGUAAUACAGGGACACUGUCAGUGUUUCAUCAACCUAAGCCAACUACACAUCAUUCUCAAAAAAUUGAACCAGGUUCAGACACUGAUCUUCUUGUUGGAAUCACGUUUCUGGGUAUCGUCAUCGGAAUCGUGUUGUCAUCAUCUGUAUUUGUUUUCCUUUGGUGGAAAACUAGAACCUCAUCUUCAAAUAAGUACACGACGUAUAAUACUAAACAGAAAACAGAUAUCCAGACGUACGAAGAUUUAAGGAGAAAUGAAGACACCCCAAGUGUUUAUGAAGAUUUAAGUACCGAAGGAUACACCCCAUCUGUUUAUAUGAAUGUAAAAACAAAAAGAUAGAGAAUGUAAAGUUUGAAAAUUCCAUUUUAACAAGAGAGAACGAGGCUAGCAGAUACAAUACCAUUGUAUGGGUUUAGAAAAUAAUAAAUUUUGUGGAGUUUGGACAUUAAAAACAUUAAUAUUUAGGAAAAUAAUUUAGGAAAACUUAUUUGCAAUGUUUUUAAUUGUGUAUUAUAUUUUGAACUUUGCUUUGUUUUUAUUUUAAAUGUAUUGCUGCCGUUGUUUCUGUGUUUCCUCGUGUUGUUUUUAUUGAUUGGUUAG